AUGGGUUCGAGUUCGAAGCCGGAGCGUUAUGAUUCCCAGUCACUACCCGAGAGAAACUCGUUGAACAGUGAUAAUAUCGAGCACGAAGGCGAUAUUCUCACUCCAUUUACCUAUCAAUGUAGGGUUUCAAAGUUGCAGUAUUUUAAGAUGUACUUGCUCACUAUUACAAUACUCCCUUUUCGUGCUUUGAUAGUUGGUUUCCUUUUCAUUGCUACACUUCUCGUUGCAAAUAUAUUCACGAUUGGAUAUGGCUCGAAAUCUCAAGUAAAACCUAUCUGCGAUUUUAGAAGGUGGCUUAUUCUGCCGAUCGUACGUAUGUCUGCUCGACUUGUCUUCUUUGUCGGGGGAUUCCAUUGGAUUAAAAUCCAAGGGAUACGUGCGUCACGUAAAGAAGCGCCUAUUAUAGUUAUUGCACCUCAUUCAUCCUUCCUUGAUGCUCUUGUUGUUGUGGUUCUUGGCUUGCCAUCCGUUGUUGGGAAAACGGAGUCCGCGGAAUCCUUUGUUGGUGGAUUUGUCAGGAUGCUCCAACCCAUUCUGGUUAACCGAGAAGAUCCCAAUUCCAGGAAGAAAACAAUUCAAGAGCUUAUUCGUCGUGCAAAAUCAGAAGAGAAUUGGCCUCAGAUUGUUAUUUUCCCGGAAGGCACUUGCACCAAUCGAAGCUGUAUUGCAACGUUCAAACCAGGGGCUUUCAAUGCAGGUGUACCAGUUCAACCAGUAAUCGUUCGCUGGCCAAACAAAGUGGACAGCGUGACUUGGGUCUGCGAAGGUCCUGGUGUGUUUAAAUUACUAUGGUUGUUGCUGUCACAGUUCAACAAUAGAUUGGAAAUCGAAUUUUUACCAGUUUAUCAACCAAACGAAGAUGAACAAAUGGACGCUCAAUUAUAUGCUAAUAAUAUCCGUCGGAUCAUGGCAGAACAUUUGAAUGUCCCACUCUGCGAUUUAUCUUACGAUGACUUCUGUCAAAUCAGAAUAGCAUUCAAGUAUAAAAUACCAGGAUAUGAAACAGUAGUCUAUUUGAACUCCUUACUCCAAAUGAUGUUUGCACUUGAACAUAAUUGUGAUUUGAUAACGGAUGAAGAUAAACAAGCGGAAUGGUUUCAAAUACGUCUUGAAAGCAUGCUUGGUGUAUGCCGACGUAAACCGUACUUAUCACGAAUAGAAUUUACUCAAACUCUAUUUCAAACAAGUCAACCUAAUUCAAAAGCUAGUUAUCUAAUCAAUUUAAUUCUGAAAUAUUAUAAUGAUCCAUCAUCAAAUAAUCUGAAUUUUCGUAUGUGUAUGGUUCAUACAGCUAUGCUACUAUUUCCAAAGUUGCCCCAUCAAGCAUUUUACUAUGCUACAAAGGCAUAUAAUCUGUGUACUUCACAAUCUGAUGUAAAUGUGGCCAAAGAUUGGGAAAUUAGCCGUUCUGAUGCAGCGGAGUUAUUGGGUUUUGCGUUCACUUUAAAAAAUGACGAAACAGUUAAUCUUAUUCUUGAUCGUGCUUACUUGAUACAUAAAUCUACUCAUUCAGAUAAUUCAUCUAAUGGAAUUAGUGGGGAGUACUUAUAUGAAGGCCUUUUAUAUCACCUGCCGGAUGUAGCUAAUUGUUAUGCUCAUUUUGAUGCAGAAAUCAACAAAGUUUUUGGUCGUCAUCGUCGUUCACUAAUCGACUCAACUUCUACAUCAGAAAGUGAUCUUAAUGAUUUAAAAUCAACACAUUCUGUCCCUGUAGUUAAUUCUUUGAAUGCUACAAGCUGUCCAGACAUUACAACUAUCUCAAAUAAAAAAACUGAAAUAUUGCCCAAUCAUUUUGAGUGCAUUGAUGUUACAGAAAUUCCACCAAUUGAAACUAAUAAUUAUUCUGAAAAAUUAAGAGAUAAUGUCCACCUAGGCAACAGUCCGCUCAGAGAUGAUCAAAGUAUUAACUUUCGUGGGCGUUAUUCUGAACGUGGUAUGUCGUCAGCAAUGGCAAAAAAUCAGCAGUCCAGUAAUAUCGUAUCAAUGGAUAUAGAAGAAAACUCAAAUGAUAACGAUGUUUUUCUAGAGAAAUGUAUUUCAUUUGCUGAAAUCACCUCCACUGACCGAGCACUUGGAAUGAUGUAUCUUCAAAAUUAUAACUGGGAUCUAGAGCUUGCCGUGAAUAAAUACUUCUUAACACAACAGAAUAGUUCCACAAGUAAGAAACAAAAGCGCAAACGAACUUAUCAACAAUCAAAUGAACAACCGACUGUGAUCGAUCUUACUAAUUCUGAUGAUUCGUGUAAUAAUAGUUUGACAGAACAAACAGUAUCAACAACUAGAACUGAAUCAAUUGAAAAUUUGCCAAUAUUCAAUGUUUUAUCAUGGAAUAUUCAAGGUUUGGAGCCAGCAAACCUAAACAAACGAAUGAUGUCUGUAGUGGAGACGAUAAAGAAAGAAGAAUUCCAUGUGGUUUGCUUACAAGAAGUUAUACUUGUCUGUUUGGAAAUUCUCCGUGAGAAGCUAGAGUCAACGUAUGAUAUUUUUUCUGCUUCUGAUCAUAACUCUCUAUGGGAUUAUUUUGUUGUCAUUUUAGUUAAAAAGCAUCCAAAUAUAAAGGUUGACGCGGAUUCUGUUAGUAUUCAACCAUUUCCUAAUUCUGUAAUGAAUCGUCAUCUGCUAUCUAUUGAUCUGAAUUUAUCACAGUUUCUAUCCAACUCCAGUGUAGAAUUAAAUCUACGAAUAUUUACUACACACUUGGAAAGUUGUGCAGAAUAUUCUGGUGAACGAGUGACUCAAUUGAAAAGUGUUUGGGAUACAAUGUCCAGUUAUGUCAAGUGCGGCGAUUCUAAAGCUCGUUUAAACAAAGGCCGUGCAAGUAUAUUUUGCGGUGACCUUAAUCUGAGGGAUUCAGAGGUCAGCUUGUUAGGUGGCUUACCUUGUGGGAUACAUGAUGUAUGGUAUGAAUGUGGACGUCGCCAUGAGAUAAGAAAUACUUGGGACCCUAUGCACAACCUAAAUGCUCGACGUCAAUUCAGAGGUAUUCCUCGAGCUCAUAUGACUUUCCGAUAUGAUCGCAUGUAUGCGUUAGGCUCCAGAUUAAAAUUCGUUGAUUUUGGCCUUCGUGGAAUCGAAAAGGUUAAGAAUCUUCCGUGUUUACCUUCUGAUCACUGGGCUAUACUUGGUCGAUUCUUAUUAACUGCGGAUUGUUUGUGUCUUGCGAUACGUACCUUACCGAAAAUCCACAACACGCUGAGGAAAAACAUCGCAGACUCAGUGUCUCAGCAACACAGAUGGUUUGCGAAAAGUAAACUGGGCAAAGUAAUAACUCCUGAUCCCUGGAAAGCUGGUGCACGGAACACAGUCAGUGGUGGUGGGAGGAAACUUAAUGAAAAUAAACUACUAACUAGUUCCAAAAAUCGAUUUAGUCCUUACUCUAAUGCGUUCCCAAGAUGCAGAAUAUGUGCUCAAACCGUACAUCAGCCAGGUUCCUAUUACUGUCAACAGUGUGCAUUCAAGAAAGGCAUUUGUUCGAUGUGUGGUGUACGUCUGGUUAAUACAACGCAGUAUAACCAGUCAGCUGCCUAG